UGAGGAAACUUCCGGCUUCUCUCACAGCGGUGUACAUGUUGUGGUUGUGGCCUUUACAAACAAAUCAAAAGACCUGUCCUCAACAGUUACUCUUUUGUACUGAUCACACUACACCAACUACACUACCACUAUUAAUAGAAACCAGAGGCGCUCCAGUAGCUCUGUCCAAAGUGGUCUAAAGUCUAGCCAGAGUGAUUAAUUGAGAUGUCGGAAAUAUCGGGAUGUUUGUACAAGCUAUGAGGUGUGCGAGACGUUCACUGUACACGGGACCAUAUAACUUUGUUUCUGGCCAAUUGACAGAUGUGAAAAAGAGAUGUGGCGAAUUCUCGGUCCUGCAGCCAGCCAGCGGCAAAACCUUGUGUGUGAUCCCAUCAUGUGGCUUACAGGACGUGGACCUAGCCGUAAAUUGUGCAAAGAAUGCUUAUCCAAAGUGGUCAUGCCUGUCUCCCAGAGAAAGAGGAAAACAUCUCUUAGCUGUGGCAAAGAAAAUACGGGAAGAUCACAAGGAAAUUGCGCAAGUUGAGACCGAUGACACUGGCAAACCCAUAUCCGAAGCUGUUGUUGACGUUCUGGGCUGCGCAGAUGUGUUAGAAUAUUAUGGUGGCAUUGCUGCCUCCAUCAAAGGUGAGCACUUUGAUCUCCCGGGCGGAAGCUUUGCCAUUGUCCGUCGUGAACCUUUGGGUGUGGUUGUGGGCAUUGGGGCAUGGAACUAUCCCUUUCAAGUGAUGUCCUGGAAGCUUGCACCUGCACUUGCCUGUGGAAACACCUUUGUCUUCAAGCCGUCACCUCUGACACCUCUUUCUGCUCUUCUACUUGCAAGGAUAUGCGCGGAUGUUGGUGUUCCCAGUGGCGUCAUCAACGUUGUCCAGGGAGAAAGUGAAACAGGACAACACCUAUGCCAGCAUCCCGAGGUAGCCAAAGUGACCUUCACGGGCAGUGUCGCGACGGGACAGAAGAUCAUGAAAAUGUGCACGGACAGCAUGAAACGUGUCACAUUAGAGUUGGGAGGCAAAUCUCCGCUGCUGGUCUUUCAGGAUGCCGACAUAGUGGAAUCCGUUAAGGCUGCCAUGCUGGGAAAUUUCUUCACCCAGGGGGAGGUAUGCAGCAACUGUACCAGAGUCUAUGUACAGAGGCCCCUGGUAACGGAGUUUGUGGACCACUUGGCAGAAGCAACGUGCAAGCUAAAAGUUGGUGACCCGACUGACCCCGAAACAAACAUCGGUGCCACCAUCAGUACGGAACACGCUAGCAAUGUUCUCCGAUAUAUCGCCGACGCCAAAAAGGAGGGUGCAUCUGUAGUGUGUGGAGGGGUAAAAGUAACACCCGAAGAUCCUUCCCUUUGUGAUGGGAAUUAUCUAAGCCCCUGCAUCCUAACUGAUUGCAAAGAAAGCAUGAAGGUGGUUCAAGAGGAGGUCUUUGGUGCCGUCCUCGCUGUGAUGCCUUUCGAUACGGAGGAGGAAGCUAUACAUCGUGCUAAUGCAUCCCCUUAUGGACUCGCUGCUGGAGUGAUGACAAAGGACUUGCAGCGAGCCCACAGAGUAGCAUCCAGGUUGCAAGCUGGCAUCGUGUGGAUCAACAACUACAAUAUCUUCCCACCCGAAGUACCUUUCGGAGGGUACAAGAUGUCAGGGUUUGGUCGAGAAAAUGGACUAGAUGCCCUACAAUGCUUUUCGCAGGGAAAAACCAUCUACGUUGAGAUGGCAUCUCCUAUACAAUGUCCUCUUUACAAGAUGUGACGGAGCAACAAGUGCCCUAAAAGAAUAAAGUCUGUAUUUUCUUUA